UAUGAAAAUUUCUCUUUCUAUUUUAACCAAAAAGCUUUUAUCAUAAAUACAUUUCUGGGUUUCAUAAUAAAUUAAAAUGCUAAAAUGUUGUAAAGCCAGCAAGGUAUGAUUUUUUUUUUAUUAUGGCUAUGCCUCGUCUUCAUAGACGAACAUUAAAGGUACACUUCCACGCACCAACAUUGCGGCAGCGUUACAGCAAGACGUUUGUUGUAAUAACGUGACGUAACUAUGUACGAAAAAUGACGACUACACAAGAGAAAUGUGGGAAAUGUAGUUCACAAAGCAGGGCAUUAGAAUUGAGUUCGUAGGAUAAGGAAUAUAAUAAGAACUACAUUAACAAAAAAUCCGUUUCUGGUCAGAAGGUCUGAGUGAUUUGUAAAGCAAAAGUCCCUUGAAAGGUAUUAGCUAGCUUGCUAGCAGCUGAAACCUCUUCAUAUGUUGAGCAACUUUGAACAGCGCUGACACAUCGAGCGAGUAUUUGCGCUGAAACCCCAGCUGUUGCCAUGGCAAUCCUGUUUGCUGUGGUGGCUCGUGGAACCACCAUUCUGGCCAAACAUGCAUGGUGUGGUGGGAACUUCUUGGAAGUGACUGAACAGAUUUUAGCCAAAAUCCCCUCAGAGAAUAACAAAUUGACCUACAGCCACGGCAGCUAUCUCUUCCAUUACAUCUGCCAUGACAGAAUAAUAUACCUUUGUAUUACUGAUGAUGACUUUGAGAGGUCACGUGCAUUCAGCUUUCUCAGUGAGAUCAAGAAGCGGUUCCAGACCACAUAUGGGUCACGAGCACAAACAGCCCUGCCCUACGCCAUGAACAGUGAGUUCUCAUCAACACUGGCUGCGCAGAUGAAACACCACUCAGACCCACGCGGAUCAGAUCGUCUCACCGAGACUCAGAUGCAGGUCGAUGACCUAAAGGGCAUUAUGGUCCGCAACAUAGACUUGGUAGCUCAAAGAGGAGAGAAGCUGGAACUGCUGAUUGACAAGACAGAAAAUCUGGUUGAUUCAUCGGUCACAUUUAAGACGACGAGUCGUAACCUUGCACGAGCCAUGUGUAUGAAGAACCUCAAGCUGACUAUUGUUAUUGUGCUGGUAUGCCUGGUGGUUCUUUACAUUAUUGUCUCUGCUGCAUGUGGAGGCCUCAGCUGGUCUGCUUGUGUCAACAAAUGAGAGCAGAAUAGAGCUAAAAGAGAGGGAGAUAAAGGAAGACAGGAUGUGGGGAAGACGUGCCUGUUUGAUUCUGCUUGCUCACGGACACAGAAGGAAACAAAACGUUUCUUGCUUUGCUCAUCCCUGGAAGACACCUGCUGCUCCUCCUCCUGCCUCCUUCCUUGACUCCUCCUCUUUAAUAGUGUGUGCACUGACUUGCCUUCUGGACCGGGAGUCCCACCUCAUCCCCACACUAAAGGACAGCAGCCAUGUGGCCUAACUGAUGUGCAACAAUAAUCUUGAUUUAUCAUAGUCUGGUACAUUCAUCCCAUUUCAUGCACAUGGAUCAGUUUGUGAUACCUUCCUGGACCUGUCUAUGUAAUUAUUCCAUUCAGACUGGUUACAGAACCAACCACAAUUAUAGAAAAAAUUUUUUUGUAAUUGUCCUGCUUUUCCAUUAAUAGAGGCAUAUAGGACUUGCAAGUAUAAGAAGCAUUUAUAGUGUGUUGGCAGAUCCACCAAGAAGGACUCCUACAGUACAGUGUCUGGUCCUGUGUAUAACUGAAAACAAAAUUUUUGACAAACUGAUGCAGUAUACAGAUUUUCUGAUUUACAUGUUUUAUCACCAAGCACAGAUCACCUCCUAAAGUGGAUGUUGUAAAAUACUAGAUAUGAUCAUACAAAUAAAUACUGAUACUGAUAUUAUAAUUCAAAAGAUGUAAUGGUUAUUUAAAAUCAAGCUUGAUUUUUGAGAAAAAAAUUUUCCCACAUGUGGAACUGGUAGUGCAUUAUCAACCUUUAUCUGUGUUGGGGUAUUCACUGUGCUCAUAUGUUCUUUCUGUUAACACCAUGCACUUUUUACAUUGUACAUAAUUUGCUUCCUGUUAAUAAAACCUGAUGAUAUCAAGUGG